AUGGCUCCAGGCCCAGGGCUCCCUGCCCCUCUGGCUCUGUGCAGACCCCGCGACCCGGCGGCGGCUGGCUACAGGGCGCCGGCGUGCGCGGUACCGGGCACCGUGCUCCUGUUGCUCGCCUACCUGGCUUACCUGGGGCUGGGCACCGGCGUGUUCUGGGUGCUGGAGAGCCCCGCGGCGCGCGAUUCCAGCGCGAGGUUCCAGCGCGACAAGUGGGCGCUGCUGCAGAACUUCACGUGCCUGGACGGUCCGGCGCUGGACUCGCUGAUCCGGGGCAUCAUCCAAGCGUACCAAAAUGGGGACAUUGUCCUUGACAACACCACCAGCAUGGGGCGCUGGGAGUUCAUGGGCUCCUUCUUCUUUUCCGUGUCCACCGUCACCACCAUUGGCUAUGGGAACCUGAGCCCCCGAACGAUGGCUGCCCGCCUUUUCUGCAUCUUCUUUGCUCUCCUGGGGAUCCCGCUCAACCUCGUGGUGCUCAACCGACUGGGGCAUCUCAUGCAGCGGGGAGUGCAGCGGUGUGCCCGCAGGCUGGGCGGCGCCUGGCAGGACCCAACCAAAGCUCCGUGGCUGGUGGGCGCCGGCGCCCUCCUCUCCGGCCUCCCGCUGUUCCUGCUGCUGCCCCCCCUGCUCUUCUGCCACGUGGAGGGCUGGAGCUACGUGGAGAGCUUCUACUUCGCCUUCAUCACCCUCAGCACCGUGGGCUUCGGCGACUAUGUGAUUGGAGGAAGCCAAGGCCCAGAGAGAAUAAGCAGUUUACUCAGCAGAGCACAGGGGCUGGGAAAGAGGCUAGCUGAGAUCUAUCUGCAGGAUGAGGGGAAGUCCGCUAGGCCAAAAGGAAUGGGAAAUGAAGAGCGCUGGAUGGACCCCUCCCGGAGGUACCCACUGUGGUACAAGAAUACAGUGUCCCUAUGGAUCCUCUUUGGGAUGGCAUGGCUGGCCUUGAUCAUCAAACUCACCCUUUCCCUGCUGGAGACGCCAGGGAGAUCUUAUUCCUGUUACCACCACAGCUCCAAAGAGAACUUGCAGCCCCGAAGCUGGAGGCAGAGCCUGGAUUGGGAGGCAGAACCCCGUUUACCACAGCCAGGUUGCCAUCUGGAGGAGCCUAUGGGAAUCACACAGCAUCCAGAACCCUCUACUCAGGUCUCAUGCUGUGGAAAGGACAGCUAGUUCUACUCCAGUAUGUGUUCAUCUUCUUCCUCAGCACCAAGACCCCUGGUUUUAAGCUUAGUACAUGACCACCCAGACUAAAGACUAAGUUCUUUUUAAUCUCCCUUUGAGGCUAUUUGCAGCUAUAUGAUUAAAUUCUGUCCAAUAGAAUCCACAGAGAAGUAUCCUGUGUGACUUAAUGACUGUGACUUUUCGCAGCAGGGAGAUAUGCUCCUCUUCACUGCUUCCUUUUUCUAGUUGGCUGCAAUGCUGAUACCAUGGCUGGAGCUCUGGCAACCACAUAGCACCAUGAGGUUGAGACCAUGUUUGAGAUUGGUGAUACAGUAAGACAGAAAGAACCUGGGUUCUUUCUAUGGUGGAUUGCAGAGCUACCACAAGUAAGAUAGAAAGAGCUACCACAGUAAGAGAGAAAGAGCCCGGGUUCUUUCUAUGGAUGGUUGCAGAGCUACCACAACAAAUCUGGACUGAAUACCUUCAGACAUCAUUUA